UAAUUUUUUUUUUAACAGGCAAAACUGCAGUCACCUAAUCCGCUUGUCAGGACCCUUCCACCGACUCCAGCGAAUUAUGGAUACGGGAAGCUACAAAGCCGGCUUCGGCUUGAGGAUGUGGAGUCUAUGCAGCCUACUGCUCUCGCUGCUGGCUGCGGUCUCUGGAGCAGCCGAUUCAAAGGCCAUCACCACCACUCUUACAACCAAAUGGGCCGACACUCCUCUGCUGCUGGAGGCCAGUGAGUUCCUCGCAGAAGAUAGCCAGGAGAAGUUUUGGGACUUUGUUGAAGCCAGUCAAAACAUAGAAGGAGAGCACGAUGGAACAGAUCAGGCCUAUUACGAGCUGAUAUUGAAAAAAGCUAGCGCCUUGCUCAGCUCCAUCCAGCUGAACAUGCUGAAGUUUGCCCUCUCACUGAGAGCCUACUCUGCAACUGUAUACUCCUUCCAACAGAUAGCCUCCACAGAGCCGCCUCCUCCUGGCUGCUCGGCUUUUAUCAGCGUCCACGGACAGAAGACGUGUGAUAUAGAGAGUUUGGGAGCGAUGCUGAAAACUGCAUCAGAAAGCUUGAAGCCAUACCUCUUCAAAGGUGAUCACAGAUUCCCGGGAUCGAAUCCAGACGCUCCUGUGGUCAUUCUGUACGCCGAGCUUGGAACACCGGUUUUCCAGAGGUUCCACCAAGCUUUGGCAUCCAGAGUUGCAGAAGGAUCUGCAGCUUAUGUGCUUCGUCACUUCCCGUCUAGUUCAAAUGGAAAGAAAGUGUAUCUGUCAGGGUACGGAGUGGAGCUGGCCAUCAAAAACCAGGAGUACAAAGCAAAGGAUGACACACAAGUCCAAGGAGAGGAGGUGAAUGCUACGAUGAUUGGUGAGAACGAUCCAGUGGAUGAGGUCCAGGGAUUCCUGUUUGGCAAACUCAAGACCCUCUAUCCAGAACUGAAGGAGCAGUUAAAGGAGCUGAGGAAGCAUUUAGUAGAAAGCACCAAUGAAAUGGCACCUCUGAAAGUCUGGCAAAUGCAAGGGAAAGAGAUUGGCGAGAACCAAAAGUUUUUCAAAGGAACACUGGGGUUGCAGCCGGGGGACUCGGCCCUGUUCAUCAACGGGCUGCUCAUAGAUCUGGACACACAGGACAUCUUCAGCGUGUUGGAUGUGCUGCGCGGCGAGGCGAGGGUAAUGGAGGGUCUGCGCUCGCUGCUCAUCGACACGCCCUACAUCCACGACGUACUGAAGCUCAACGUCCAGCCCUCUGAUUCUGACUACGCCGUGGACAUCCGCCACCCCGCCAUCUGUUGGAUUAACAACCUGGAAACGGACCACAGGUACAGCUCGUGGCCCUACAACGUUCAGGAGCUCCUCAGGCCAACUUUCCCCGGAGUCAUCAGGCAGAUCCGCAAGAACUUUCAUAAUCUGGUGAUCAUGUUGGAUCCGACCCAAGAGAACACGGUUGAGCUGCUGAGUGUGGCAGAGAUGUUUUACGACAACAAUAUUCCUCUCAGGAUCGGGCUGGUGUUCGUGGUGUCUGACGAGGACGACGUGGACGGCAUGCAGGACGCGGGCGUGGCCCUGGUCAGAGCUUACAACUAUAUCAGAGACGAGGUGGACAGCCACAGCGCAUUUGAAGCCGUCCUCUCAAUGUUUAACCGCGUGCCGAUCGGAGGACGGCUGAGCGUCGGGGACGUUGUUAAAGUUCUAGAGAAGAGAUUUCCCUAUGUGGAGGUCAGCAGUGUCCUCGGAGCGGACUCGAGCUACGACACCAGCAGAAAGGAAGGACGGCUGUACUACGAGCAAACAGGAUUGGGCUCGCUCCCCGUCGUCAUGUACAAUGGCAUCCCUUUCCAGCGGGACCAGCUGGACCCUGACGACCUGGAAACCAUCACUAUGCAAAAGAUCCUGGAGACGACGUCCUUCUACCAGAGAGCCGUCUACCUGGGCGAGCUGCAGACGGAUAACGACGUGGUGGAGUUCAUCAUGAAUCAGCCCAGCGUAGUCCCCCGGCUCAACCCCAGGGUGCUGUCCUCCAGCAGGACCUACCUGGACCUGUCCAGCACCAACAACCACUUCAUAGACAACUACGCCCGUUUCUCCACCCUGGACACGAGGGAGAAGAGCGCCGCCGUAGCCAACAGCAUGAACUACAUGACUAAGAAAGGGAUGACCACCACCAACAGGCAUGAUGAAGGGUCCAUCCGUCCUGUGACUUUCUGGGUGGUCGGUGACUUUGAUGAGCCCUCAGGACGUCGGCUCCUUUAUGACGCCAUCAAACACAUGAAAACCAGCAACAAUGUUCGACUCGGGAUGAUCAACAACCCAUCCGCUGCUCCGUCUGCUGAGACAAGCCGCGUGGCCAGAGCGGUCUGGGCCGCCAUGCAGACGCAGUCCGCUAAUAACGCCAAGAACUUCAUCACCAAGAUGGCAAAGGAGGAAACUGCUGCUGCUCUGGAGAAAGGCGUGGAUGUGGCAGAGUUUGCUGUCGGGGGUAUGGAUUUGUCGUUGUUCCAAAGUGCAUAUGAGGGUCCCAAAUUUGACUUCCUGCUCUCCCACGCUGCUUUCUGUCGAGAUGUGCUGAAGCUGAAGAAAGGACAGAGGGCGGUUAUCAGCAACGGAAGAAUCAUAGGUCCUCUGGACGAGGGCGAGGUGUUUAACCAGGAUGACUUCCUGCUGUUGGAGAACAUCAUCCUGAAAACAUCUGGAGAACGCAUCAAAAGCAAAGUCCAGGGCUUUGAAAUGGAGGAGGACAGGGCCAGCGACCUUGUCAUGAAGGUGGAUGCUCUGCUCUCCUCUCAGCCCAAAGGGGAGGCCCGGCUGGAAUACGGCUUUGCAGACGAUCGCUACAGUGCUGUGAAGAUUCGACCUAAGGAGGGAGACGUCUACUUUGAUGUUGUUGCAGUGGUGGACCCGGUAACGAGGGAAGCUCAGAAACUGGCUCCACUUUUAAUGGUUCUGAAUCAGCUUGUAAACAUCAACUUAAGGGUCUUCAUGAACUGUCAGUCCAAACUGUCAGAUAUGCCGCUGAAAAGCUUUUACCGCUAUGUUUUGGAGCCGGAGGUGGCGUUUCAGGUGGACGGGAGUUUCUCUCCCGGACCCAUGGCCAAGUUCCUGGACAUGCCUCAGUCACCGCUCUUCACCCUGAACCUGAACACCCCAGAGAGCUGGAUGGUGGAGUCUGUGCUGACCCGCUACGACCUGGACAACAUUUACUUGGAGGAGGUGGAGAACAUCGUAGCAGCGGAGUAUGAGCUGGAGCAUCUUUUAUUAGAAGGGCACUGUUUCGACGUGGGGUCGGGCCAGCCUCCUCGUGGGCUCCAGUUCACUCUGGGAACGGCGUCUGAGCCGGUCAUGGUGGACACCAUCGUCAUGGCGAACUUGGGUUACUUUCAGCUCAAAGCCAACCCCGGUGCCUGGAUGCUGAAGCUGAGGAAGGGACGCUCUGAUGAAAUCUACAAGAUUUACAGUCAUGAAGGCACCGACUCCCCAGCAGACUCGGAUGACAUUAUAGUGGUGCUGAACAGUUUCAAGAGCAGAAUCAUUAAAGUCAAGGUCCAGAAAAGGCCAGACAAGUUCAACGAGGAGCUGCUCAGCGACGGGACCGAAGAGAACGACGACGGCUUCUGGAAAUCCCUGGCCAGAGGUUUCACAGGUGGAGGGAAAGCAGAGGAGCCAAAGCAGGACAAAGAUGAUGUGAUCAACAUCUUCUCAGUGGCCUCGGGGCAUCUGUACGAAAGGUUCCUCAGGAUUAUGAUGCUCUCGGUGUUGAAGAACACCAAAACUCCUGUGAAGUUCUGGUUCCUGAAGAACUACCUGUCCCCCACUUUCAAGGAGUUUAUCCCCCACAUGGCGAAGGAAUAUGGUUUCCAGUACGAGCUGGUCCAGUACAAGUGGCCCCGCUGGCUGCAUCAGCAGACGGAGAAGCAGCGGAUCAUCUGGGGCUAUAAGAUCCUCUUCCUGGAUGUGCUGUUUCCUCUCGCCGUGGACAAGAUCCUGUUUGUGGACGCUGACCAGAUUGUGCGGACGGACCUGAAGGAUCUGCGGGACUUUGACCUGGAGGGGGCGCCGUACGGUUACACUCCUUUCUGUGAGAGCCGCAGGGAGAUGGACGGCUAUCGAUUCUGGAAGUCGGGGUACUGGGCGAGCCACCUCGCUGGGCGCAAAUACCACAUCAGCGCUUUAUAUGUAGUGGACCUGAAGAAGUUCAGGAAAAUCGCUGCAGGAGACCGGCUCAGGGGGCAGUACCAGGGCCUCAGCCAGGAUCCCAACAGCCUGUCCAACCUGGACCAGGAUCUCCCCAACAACAUGAUCCAUCAGGUUCCCAUAAAGUCUCUGCCUCAGGAGUGGCUGUGGUGUGAGACGUGGUGUGACGACAGCUCCAAGAAGAGCGCCAAGACCAUAGAUUUGUGCAACAACCCGAUGACCAAGGAGCCCAAGCUGCAGGCUGCUGUGAGGAUUGUAGCUGAGUGGGCGGACUACGACCAGGAGAUAAAACGCUUGCAGACACGAGUCCAGGGGGGGGCCACCAACACGACGGGGCAGCAGGACACAGAUGUCCACUCAGAGUUGUGAGGACGGCCGUGACGAGCUGGACUCUGUUUAAAGAGUCCGCUUCACCAGAGACACUGACCCCAGACCAGCACAACCUGGUUCAAACUGUUUACUUCUUGUGUUCAUGUGGGGGUGGGGUGGGGGGUGUACAAGCAGCAAGAAUGUACUUAGUGGUGAAAAUAUUUUUAUUUUUCCUGUUUGCACUGAUUCUGGUUGUGACUGUGGUCCAAGCACAAAUACGAGGAAGUCGAUCGUGUGGAGGACACAAUCACAUCAAAGGAAACGGGAGUGGGUUACAACAGGGUGCAGGUCGGGUUUAGGGAGUGUUUUACAGGCCAAAGGGAACCGUUGGAAGAAUUGGGUUUAAUUUUGGGGUUUACGUUCUGAUCUAUUCCUUCAGAUGGAAUAAAAGAAUAAAUACAAAGUAAAAAGAA